CACAUUUCAAUUUCAGUAUUUGUGUUAUCAAAGCGCAGAAUGGUUGUAUUUUGUGCGUUGAAUGAAUAGUCUCAAGUUUAAAAAUAUUAAUUCGUAAAUUUUAUUACAUAAACUUUAUUUACGGAUUAAAAUAAGUUACAUUUGGUUACCGUUCAAGUAUUAACAUGUAUUAGGAGCAACCCUAACCUCAAAGGAAUUCUUCGUGGGAUACAUUAUUUAAUAUUGAAUCUAUUUUCAAAAUGAGUGCAAACGAAAAGUUCUUAGAUAUAUUAGUUCCUAGACGAAAGGAAGCUUCAGUAUUUCAGUACAUGACAAGGCCAUGGAAUCCUCAAAAAACGUUCAAUUUGGAUCAACAUUACUCGCCGACGAAAAUAAAGGCGGCUGCGGCAAAUUCUGUCUACAUCGACGCAAUAUUGGAAGCCGAAAGUGCCAACACAGGAGUUUGUAAGAAAAAACUGAAAAAGGAAAUACUGAAAUAUUUAGAUGAAAUGGGCAUGGAGAAGAAACAAUGUGUGAUCCGCUGGAUGGGAACCUGCUUCCUGAAAGUGGCUUCAAUGAUGAAGAUUGGAAUUUUUGUCAAUGAAACUGCUGCUCUUAAGAUGCGAAGUGUGAUGGGGAACAAUCCACUACUGCUGCUGCCAACUCACCGGAGCUACGCCGACUUUUGUCUGCUUACAUACUUCUGUUAUCAUUACGACAUGGACUUCCCAGCUGUAGCUGCUGGCAUGGAUUUCUACUCGAUGGCGGUGGUGGGCCGCUGCAUGCGGGACACCUGCGCGUUCUACAUCCGGCGCUCGCUGGUGGGGCAGGGGCUCUACGCGGCUACCCUGAAGCAGUACGUCAGGACUCUGGUGGCCAAGCACUGCGCGCCCAUAGAGUUUUUCCUGGAGGGCACCCGGAGCAGGAGCAAUAAGACUCUGCCGCCGAAGUAUGGCAUGCUCUCCAUGAGUCUGAUGCCGCUGUUCGCGGGCGAGGUGCCCGACGUGACGGUGGUGCCCGUCAACAUCAGCUACGACCGCCUAGUCGAGCACUCGCUCUUCGCAUACGAACAUCUGGGCGUGCCCAAGCCGAAGGAGUCUACUGGGGGUCUACUGAAAGCACUGAAAAGCCUAAACGAGCAUUUCGGCAACAUCUACAUCAACUUGGGCGAACCACUAUCAGUCAAGGAGUUCCUUCACAGCAGCGAGGCUCACCCCAAAGACCUUCUGAAGCCGACAGACUUGCAGCAACUGACCCCAGAGCAAUUUUCAUUCGUCCAAGACAUCGCGAACCACGUGGCGGACUUACAACAAAAAUGCACCGUAGUCACUAUAUCUUACUUAGUAGCGUUGGUACUGAUGCAGAGUAUUAUAAAGAACACGGCAUUGACCUUCGAAGAGGUUUUAGAAGAGGUAGAGUGGGUGAUCAAAGUGUUGAGGCAGCUUGGGGCGUCAGUGUUUGAGAAUGAUGUGAAAUCGAGUGUGGAAAGGAUUCUUAUUGUCCACAGCAAGAUGAUGAAACUGGAUAAGGAUAAUAAGCUGAAGCUUAUAUCCAGCAUGCCCAUGGAUAUAUCGAGUGAGGUCCAACGGAAAAUGAAAGGUCACAUACUGGCGGCGGAGACGAUGAUCAACGCCGUGCCGGUGAUCCAGGUGCAGCUGUACGUGAACCCCGUGCUGCUGUACCUGGCGCCCGCCGCCGUCGUCACGCUGGUCGUCAACCGCGGACACGCCACGCACGAGAGUUUAGCGGCAGACUACCACUGCAUUCGGAAGAUGCUCCGACAUGAACUCUUUCACUUGGAGAAACAUGAGGACGAGGUACUGAAACAAACGUUGCAGUACUGCCUAGAUAACGGGGUGAUCACCGAGUCGAAUGGCACAUUCGUCCUGGGGCGGGACGAGAAGCUGCAAUACUUCCUCAAGUGGUCCAUCUGGGCGCCGCUUUUGACCAUCGUGAAAUGUGCUGAAACGUUAUUAGAGCUUAACAAAUGUGAGCACAAACAAGCACUGAAGUUGAUACAGGAAAGAGUGGAGUCGAGUCAAUGUCACCCUUACUGCCUGAGCUUAGAGGCGACGGCGAACUGCUUGCAGGGCCUCGUGUUAGCCGGAGCUUUAGAAAAGGGUAAAACGAAUGAAAAUGUGACCUACCAAGUGAUUCCAGCCACCAUGGAGCAUUGCCACCGUCUAGUCAAGUCAGUGUUGCCAGCCAUCCAAGUGGACUUCGGCAAGAGCAACUCUGUGAUCUUAGAUCAACGGAAGCUAACCUCGCGAUUGUAGUGAUACCAAAUGUAUUUUUUUACUUGCAACACGCAUAAUUACUGCUUUUUAAAGUCGCAUUUUUGGAACAUAAGGCUUUUAGCUGCGUCCCCAAUAGGCAAACUGUUGGCCGCCGAUUAAGUAAGUGGCGCGUCAAUCUACGCAAUUUACAGCGUAGUUACGUUAGACUAGUAAUAGGUGAACAAUUUGUUUACUGGGAACGCAGCCACACUGUUUACGUGACUGUUUUAUGAACGACAAAAUCAUUUCAAUGUCAAAGUGUUUCAUAAAUUAAAAUUAAAUGCAUUUGUGCUUGAACCUUGUAGGCAUGAAACUAUAAGACUUUAUUGAGAAGGGACCCUGAUGAUAAGUGGUAUUCGUAGACUUUUUAUGUGAACUUCCAUGAUUUAAAUUCUACAUCACUUAUUUAACCAGAGAUAUGUUAGCCACCAUUUCAGAGUUUUGGACGCUAUUCGCAUGCAAUGCACACAUAAUUAGAUAGACGCAAACAAAAAAAAAUAUACGCUAUUAAAUUUAAAUAAGGAAAUGGUCUAGCUUAAACGAAAGCUUACACAAAAAUUUUACAUGUGAUAAGUGUUUGCAGAUGGGCCUGGCUAAAAUAGUUCCAAUACAAAAUACGUAACACCCAUGUAAUAAGUUGAAACCUAGUGCACUGCCAAGUAAAUUAAUAACUUUAGUGCAACGCGAAUUAAAUAUGUAAAUGCGAACGAAUAAAAUAAGUUUUGUAUAAUGUAGUGAGAUUAUGAUUUAGUUAAUGAAAAGACAUGAUGAACUAGUAAA